UGUAUUAACCGUUUCCAGCUUGUCGUUGGCGGGUGGUGUUAUUAGCGGUUCGCUGCGGUGAUUGUUGGACGUGUCGUUGUUUUACGUUCGAGUUGUUCUGUGAAGAAUGGCUGGCGGCAAAGCCGGGAAAGACUCUGGAAAGGCGAAGGCCAAGGCAGUAUCCAGGUCGGCGAGAGCUGGACUUCAGUUUCCCGUGGGUCGUAUUCAUCGGCACCUGAAAAAUCGUACCACCAGUCAUGGCCGUGUUGGGGCUACUGCAGCUGUUUACAGUGCAGCUAUUUUGGAGUACCUGACUGCUGAGGUGUUGGAGUUGGCUGGCAACGCUAGCAAGGACUUGAAGGUGAAGCGUAUCACUCCUCGUCAUCUUCAGCUUGCCAUCCGUGGAGAUGAGGAGCUUGACUCCCUCAUCAAGGCAACCAUCGCCGGUGGUGGUGUGAUUCCUCACAUCCACAAGUCUCUGAUUGGCAAGAAGGGAUCCCAGAAGACGCCCUAAGUCUACAAAUCAUUUGCAAGCACUCACUCAUUCAAAAAUAAGGCUGCAUGGAUUGCUGCUUUUUUCAACCAGGUGUCCACAUUUCUUUCAUAUAUAUUCAGCUCAUUUGAAUACUACAUCCACAUAAACUUCGUGCAGUUCGGUAUUAGUGUGACUUAGUAAGACUUCUCAUGUCUACAACACCACCAUCAUGUUGUGUAUCAUAUGUUCUGCUUCGUUGUGAAUAAAAGGUCUGUAAGGAAAGUCUUCAAA